AUGAAGGAGAUUCUGCCUACAAAUGCCUUGCAGCGUUACUCGCCACAUCAGUCGACAAUUUCCCGUUGUCUUAGCGACGAUCCCAGGGUGGGAAAACUUUAUGCUGUGCGCAAACUCAUCAUUGAAGAUAGACAUGUGACAUAUCGCGAGAUUGAAGCGUUCUUGAAGAUAUCAAAGACCUCAAUUAUAAAAAAAGUACAUGAAGAAUUAGGAGUAAGAAAAUUAGUUUCUCAGCAGAAAGCAGCCAGGGUUAAUUGGUGUCAAAAAACGCUUGACCGUUUCAAUUCCGGAAACUCAAAAAAUAUUUACUGUUAUGAACCAGAAAAUAAGCGACAGUCGGCUGUUUGGGUGUUCCAAGGUGAAGAAAAGCCAACAAAAGUCAUCCGUUCUCGAAGUGUUUCGAAAAAGAUGGUCGCGACAUUUCAAAUAACUGUUACUGCGGAUUGGUAUACCACCAUUUGUUUGCCAAAAGUCAUCACCGAGCUUCGAAAAAUCGACCCCGAAAGAAGAAUCACCCUCCACCAAGACAAUGCAAGCUCGCACACAGCCCAAAAAACAAGGCAGUAUUUAACGGAAGAAAACGUGGAAUUAUUGGACCAUCCUCCAUAUAGUCCCGAUCUAAGUCCUAACGAUUUCUUUACUUUCCCGAAAAUUAAAAACAGACUGCAUGGUCAAAGGUUCCAGUCACCAGAAGAAGCAGUUGACGGAUUCAAAUAUGCCGUGUUGCAUCUGCCUGCAAACGAGUGGAAUAAGUGCUUCGAAAAUUGGUUCGAGCGCAUGCAGAUGUGUAUUAAUCUCCGUGGAGAAUACUUCGAAAAACAAUAAAGUCAUUUAAAACUAUAUA